CGUUGACAACGCUGCGGAGAAACACCCGAUUGUUGUGGUUCGUGGUGAGAAGACAAGGCUUGGUACUAUUUUUUCGUGAAAGUAGAGCAAAGGUUCACAAUCUCACGACCCUGAAGAAAGAAGUACAACAAAGAUAAUUAACCACAAAAUAAAAUAACGAAAGCACAAAUAAUAUACUGAAUUCUGAAAAGCCAGAAUCUCGUAGCAAAAGAAGCAACAAAAGGACAUAGGAAGUGUUAGGAAGCGAGAUUGCAAGAAGCAAUGAGUGUGCCACCAGACCCUGUGCAGGAUGAUGAGCUCACCAUCCCUCGGGCCUCCAUGAAUAAGAUGAUCAAGGAACUACUGCCCAAUGUGAGAGUGGCAAAUGAGGCACGUGAACUUAUCCUCAACUGCUGCACUGAAUUUAUCCAUUUGGUGUCUUCAGAGGCCAAUGAGAUAUGCAACCAGCAGCAGAAGAAGACCAUAAAUGCUGAACACAUCCUUGCCUCACUGGACAAGCUUGGGUUUGGCGACUACCGGGCAGAUGCUGAGGCAGUGUUGAAGGACUGCAAGGCAAUGGCAGCGAAGAAGCGAAGGAAGAGCACCCGCUUAGAGAACCUUGGCAUCCCAGAAGAGGAACUUUUAAGGCAACAGCAGGAACUCUUUGCCAAGGCCCGGCAAGAACAGAUGUUGGUGGAGCAGCAACGAUGGCAGUUGAUGCAGGCGCAGGUGGCAGCAGCACAGCAGCAGCAGCAGCAGUUACAGCAGGAGCAGCAGGAAACUAGUGAUGAAGAGGACUAUUCCUAAGGUUGUGAUAGAGGUGAUGGCAUUAUCCCUCUAUUUGUGAUUAAGAUUGUUGUACCUUCUUCAUGUAUGACAGUGUAUGUUACAAAACACUCACCAUACACUUUUUGGCAGUUUGUUUUGGACACCAUGUAUGUAUCAAGUAUAUUUUAUACAGGUUUGUCAGGAGUAACCAUGACUGCUACCAAUAUUAACAAAAUGCUGUGAUCUAUAAUAGGAACUUCUCAAGUACCACCUCUUCUUGGAAAUAGUGUAAGAUGAGUUGGCAAGAAAGCAAUGCAGUAGUUGAUGGUUUUGAUAGAUGGUGGAAACUGUCCAUCAUACAUAUCAGACCAGGGAUGUGAAAGGUUAGUUUUCAAUGAUCAUUCUUCUUUUGAAAGUUUCCAGGUUAAAUCUUUUAUUCUUGUCGUGUCAAAAGCUAAUUUUUUAUUAACUGAUUUUCAUUAUUAUUGUUUUUAUCAUUAUCAUUAUUAAGUAUUAUUAUUAUGUAUUAUUUUUUUGCAUAAUGUUUACAUUAUUGGUGUUGUUAUUCAGUUCAAGUUAGAUAUAAUGCAUCAAAUUAUGCAUAGAUAACAUUACGUUUUUUUAUUAUUAAUUAUCUUUUUCCCUAUCAUAUUAUGUGAUUUAUUUUUCUCUCUCUAUCUUAUGAGUAUUGUGUAACAGAAAAUUUUUAUAAUGAGUGUAAUGGUAGUUAUUGCUGUUACAUUAUUAAAAUAUAUUUAUACGAAAA